AUGAUUAUCGAACGCGACAUCAGUAUUCCCACGAAUGAUGGAAGUGUGGUGCUGGCGGACAUUUUCCGUCCAAUCGAUGGCAAGCCAGCUCCUGUGAUUAUGACUCUUGGACCAUAUGGCAAAGGGAUUCGCUACAAGGACGGCUUCACUCCUCAGUGGAAUUGGAUGAUGAAGACCUACCCCGACAUCCUGCCUGGGUCAACUCGGGAGUACAUGGUAUGGGAAACGGUCGACCCUGAAAUUUGGGUCAAAUGGGGCUAUGUCUGCCUCCGUGUGGAUUCGAGAGGUGCAGGGAGAUCGCCUGGUCUGCUGGACAUCCUUUCCCCCCGGGAGACACAGGAUUACUACGAUGCUAUUGAGUGGGCAGGUAUACAACCUUGGAGCAAUGGCAAGGUCGGGCUCAAUGGCAUAUCAUACUACGCAAUUAAUCAAUGGCUUGUAGCAUCUCUACAGCCACCUCACCUGGCAGCUAUGAUCCCGUGGGAGGGAGCUGCUGAUUUCUACCGCGACUUUGCUCGCCACGGAGGCAUCUUAAGCAAUGGCUUUCUCGACGUAUGGUACCCGCGCCAGGUGGUAUCAGUUCAGCACGGAAAUCCCGCUGCCCACAUGGAUGUAUGGCUGGAUGAUCUAGCUUCGGGGCCACAGAGAUUGACCGAAGGGGAGCUUUCGAAGAACCGAACUGAACCUCUCCACAAUAUCCUCGACCAUCCGCUAGAUGACCAGUUCUACCGAGACCGUUCGCCCGACUGGUCACGGGUAACAGUUCCUUUCCUCAGUGCAGCAAACUGGGCCGGCUAUGGCCUGCACACUCGCGGCAACUUCGAGGCAUUUACACAGGCCGCCUCGACCCAAAAAUGGCUAGAGUGCCAUCCUGGCCGUCACGAAGAGUGGUUCUACCUUGAUCGUGGCAUGGUCCUCCAGAAACGUUUUCUUGACCACUUCCUGAAAGGCGAGAAUAAUGGGUGGCAGAACGAGCCGCCAGUACUUUUACAUAUGCGACGGGCAUUCUCUGAUGAAUUCGAACAGCGAAAAGAGAUGAGUUGGCCACUGGACCGUACCAAAUGGGUCUCAAUGUAUCUAUCGGCUUCGGAUACAAGCCUUGAGCGCGACGCACCUCUGCGGGAAACAGCAGUGACGUUCAAUGCUCUUAGAGAACCCAUAACUUUCAUGGGACCCCCUCUGGUUGUAGAGACAGAGUUGACCGGACCACUCGCCGCUAAGCUUUUCCUGUCACCAAGCACAAUUGACGCCGACUUGUUCCUCACUUUACAGGCCUUUUCACCAGAUGGUCGCGAAGUAGACUUUCAAGGCACAAUCGAUCCUCGCACACCCCUGGCACAAGGCUGGCUACGCGCUUCGCACCGCAAACUGGAUCCUUCCAAGUCAAAGCCUUAUCGUCCGUAUCACAGCCACGACGAGAUCCAACCACUGCGACCGGAUGAAGUAUACGAGUUGGAUGUCGAGAUCUGGCCGACGAGUGUCAUACUGCCGAAGGGGUAUCGCUUGGCGCUGCAGAUCAGUGGCCAGGACUUUGAGCGCAAAUGGGUUGGGCAAGGUAACGAGGCAUGGGUCUCUAAAGGGUCCGGGCCAUGGCUUCACACAAAUAAGACGGAUAGGCCUACCGAGAUUUUUGGUGGGAAGACAACAAUCUAUACUGGUGGUGACAGGCGGUCGUACCUGACGCUUCCCAUCAUAGGUUCUCGUUAA